UAAAUGAGAUCAACGCUUGCUCAGAAAGAUUCCACCUACUGCUGAUUGCGAACUGACAGCCGUGGAUUUUCUAAGUAGUCGUCCAGAGACAGCAAGCAAAUAAAGUGUGUGGUUCCUGGUAGCCGUGAGAGCAUCUAGGGAGGAAUAGACUCCGGAAGUACUCACUGAGCAGUUUGGAAUUGCUCUAAAGCUGGGGUGGAAAUAAGUCUGGAUUUGAUAUGUCCCAGAGAUGAAAAACAAAGCGAGAAACUUGCAUGCACUCCACCUUGUAUCAUUUAACCAUUGAGUGCCCUGGAUAUGUUUAACCAAAAUCACAGGAGCAGCAAUGUUACAAUGAUUCUUUCUGGACGAGGCAAACGGAAACAUCUUAAUCCAUCUGACUGUUGGUUCUUGAGCAACAGUUUUGAGGGUGCUUUCUCUUUGACCCAACCAUUCAUCUACGCAGGUACCAGCAGAGAUUUGAGCAGGGGCCUCCAUCCCAGGGACGGAAAAAGGAGGAGAUCUGCGACACAGCUGUGUCCUCACCAGAGAUGGUGGAUACAUGAUGCUGACAGUCUCUCAGAAGAUGCAGCCAGUGUUGAUGCCAUCAUUGGCCCAUCCUCCUCCAAGAUUGAUUUUGUUUUUGAUCCUGAAGAUUUUAACAUGCCUGUUGAAAGAAAUGUGCUGAUGCUGGAUUCCAAGGACUAUGGGGAGGGCUGUGUCCUGUCGUCUGGAAGCCUAAGUGAGACCAGUGAUGUGGUUUGUACGAAGAAACCUAGCUUAGAAGAUGCGUCCAUGUCCCAGGAAUGGAAUUGGGCAGAAUGUGAUGAACUGGAGGUGGAUCCUCUCCCUGACUCAUACUUUGGGUUACUGGGAUGCACCUGCUCCCAGGCUGUCCCUGCUGGCCAUAUCAGUCAGCUGCCUGAUGAAAUCCUCAGGAUUGUGUUUUUUUAUCUGCCAGCCGUGGAUCUGUAUCGCCUCUGCUCAGUCAGCCAGCAAUGGCACCAUGUUAUCAGUGAUCCACUGUUUGUACCAUACAGGAAGUUGUAUUAUCGAUACAGGAAGGGAGAAGCAAGUGCUGUGAAAGAGAUUGACUGGAUCCUGAAGGAAAAUAACAUUAAAAAGGAAGAUGAACUUUGCAUGUUGAAUCUCAUAAAACACGUGGUGAUGUUCCACUUUGGUGUGUUUGUGAAUGCUGAAGCUGCCUUGACUUGCCUCACAGACCACCCUCUGUUUAAACAAUCUGAAGCAUGUGUGGCCCAGACACUACCUCAUUUAGUCACUGGAGCAAAGACUGGAUAUGUGCAGGCGUUGCUGGCUGUGAUCAUUCUCCUGUCCAAUAGUGUGAAUGACAUCCAAGAACUGAUAUCCCGUCUCCAAAAAACCUGUUCGACAGUGACAGAAUUCCUGUACUACAUGGCGACCUUGCUGUUUGCCUUGAGAGCGAAGGACAUUAAUAUCAGCAACAGGAUUCAUUACAAUCUGCUCUACGCACUUCAUUUAAUGGAGAAUCCAGCCAACAUCAGUGGAAAAUCUGUGAAGUGUCUUCUUUCAACUCAGGACUCUGGCAGGCUUGAUAUAUGCAACGUAAAACUGUCUCCAGAGCAGCAGCGAAUACUGAGCCAGGAGUGCGCUCCAGGACAUGUGAUUGAAAUAAGAGGAUUUGCAGGUACAGGUAAAACUACUACGCUGAUUGAAUAUGCAUGGAGGAGACCUCACCUACGAUUUUUGUACAUCAUUUCCGCCAAGCCUGUUCCAGUGGAGACUAAUCACAUUUUCCCCCCAAAUGUGGAAUGUACAACCAUGCAUGCACUGGCCUAUCAGUGUAUAGGCUACAAGUACCAGAAUAAGAGGAAGCUAAUAGUUUAUGAUCUGAAGCCGUUUUCCAUUUUUAAACUUCCUGAAGCACGCGGCAGCUUUUUUAGAGCAAAAUUAAUCUGUCAGAGCCUCUGCAUAUUCUUCUCCUCUUUGGAUGGGACUCUCACCGUGUCACAUUUACCAGGACACCAGAAGAGCAUGCGUGGAGGUAUCAGGCCAAUGGAACAUCAAGAGAAUCAACAACUAAUUGAAGACGCAAAACAGAUUUGGGAAAAGAUGGUGAAUCUGGGUGAAACUAAGGAGAAUGGUUACUUCAUGACUCGUGAUGGAUAUCUGAAACUUUGGCAGCUCAGCAAGCCACAGCUGUUACAGUUUGAUGUCAUCCUUUUAGAUGAAGCUGAAGAUUGUAGCCCAGUAAUCCUGGACAUUGUGCUGUCUCAAAAAUGUGGCAAGAUCCUAGUGAGUGACCCACACCAGCAGACCAGUGAAUUUAGGGGUUCUGUGAACAAUCUACUUAAAGCCCACCGAUCACAUCAGUUUCAACUGACACAGAGUUUCAGAUUUGGACAUAAGAUUGCUUAUGUUGCAGCCACAAUAUUGGAAGUGUACAAACAUGUCAAAGACAAGACCUUGGUUGGUGGAAAACAAGAUGGCAAUAUUGACAAUGACACUGGGCCGAUGGCUGUUCUGUGCAGAACCAGUGCUGCAGUCUUUGACGAAGCUGUGUGCAUUACUAUGAGUGAAAAGCCAAGCAAGGUGUACAUCAUCGGAGGACUUGAUAAACUUGGAAUGAACAUAAUUCUGGACAUUUGGAUGCUUAUGAUUCAGGAAAAGGAACAAGCAGCCAAGGAUCUGGUAAUCCGUGAUCCAUUCAUCAGAAUAUUUGAACGUAAAGGUGGUUUGCAUGGAUUGAAAGAUUAUGCAAUUGAAGCUGAAGAUGAGGAGUUGGAAGAGAGGAUUGCACUGGUGGAGAAGUACAGUCUGGGGCUCCCUACACUGAUAGAGAAAAUCACCAGCUACUCUGUUGAUGACCUGAAAUUUGCAGAUGUUAUUUUGGGAACUGCAUGCAAAGCAAAGGGUUAUGAGUUUCACACCGUACAGGUAACCUCUGACCUUGUGAAAGUUCCAGGCUAUCGACAUGAUCACCGUAUGCCUUCGGAGUUCAGAAUGGAUGUGGUGCCAGAUAUCGAUUGGAACUUGCUUUACGUUGCUGUGACACGGGCAAAAAGGCACCUAGUGACGAGCAAACAUUUAGAGUGUCUGCUUUCCUUCGCUGGUGAGUAUUUUCUGAAGACAGAGCUGACUUCUAGUUUGCUCAGAGAGGGGAUGCUCCUUCGCUGCCAUGCAAAAGGGUGUUCAAAUUUCAUUGAGAGUGAAACUACAUUAACUCUGAUAAAAAUAUCGAAUAGACAGAAUCGUGAUGAAGAUGCUGGAGGCCCUCUUUGCUGUGGAUGUGCAAAGCAACGGAUUGGCCCAUUGACUUAUCUCAUUGCACCCACCGAGCUGGUCAAAUUGAUGGGAUAGAGCAGGGAGAAUGGGGCGGUGACCCCACAAGGUGGCAUCCCUGGGUCUCAGUAGGGUGAGAGCAUACGAUGGAUUCCAGAAGUACGUAGUACAGUACAGGCCCUUCGGCCCACAAUAUGCUGACCUAUUGUCCUACAAGUGAUUGGAAAGCCCUGUAAUUUAUUUUGUGUUGGAUCGUUGUGAAUGAUUUUAAUCCUGGUGCUGUCAAGUAGACGGUAUGUAUAUGUAAAUAAGACAAAUCUAGUCAGCCUAACGGGAAUGGUCUUCAUGUGAUAUCCAAUUUUCCCUUACCGAAAAGUGGAAGACUUUCUACCCUGGAUCAGAUCAACUUGAAUGUAAAGUUUGUCUGUAUUGCUUUUGUAAUUAUAAAUGUAAAUAUCCCUGAAGGAACAAAUGAA